AUGGCGGCGGAACGGCCACGCCCCACGUGGCUGCGGAGACCCUUUUCCCAAAAUGGAGAGCGGGGAGGGAGAGGACGUCCGUCAGAGGUUAGCUCCGCCCCCGGAGACAGCGAGAGCCAAUUAGCAACCCGCAAGGCGGGCACGCGCGAGGCUAGGGGAGGAGGCUGCCGUUGCCCCGGCAACCACCGAAGAGAACGAAGGCGGUCGCGGCCUGGGAGGGAUCGCGGCGCCGCGGGCCUCUCCCUGCCGGAAAGGUCCCUCCCGGGAGAGCGCGAGACAGGCGGGGAGUCAGCGCCCGUGGAGAGCGGGGCAGGUCAGGUCCAUGAACUCCAAUCCCGAAGCCGCUUUCGCGCCUCCUGUUAG